CAGAUCCGCCUCCUCCAUAUUCUGCCUCGAGGCAAUUCAGCCAUCGUUCGAUGCUCUACCGUCCACGUAGACCUUGACCACGCGACCCCUGCCUUUGAAGCCAUAUCUUACACAUGGAAUGGCGCUGACAGAACGCACACCAUCUUUGUUGACGGGCGGCCGUACCGGACCACCAAGAAUGCCCAUGACCUUCUCCUAGAAUGCUCGCCCGUGUACUCGCCUCGCCCGGUAUGGAUCGACUCCAUCUGCAUCAACCAAGAUGAUGCACACGAGAAGAGCUGGCAUGUCCAGACCAUGGCACGCAUCUACCGUCGAGCCUGCCGAGUAAUUGUCUGGCUAGGGACUGGACGCCAUGCCAAUCUCGCCGUGCAACUACUUCUGGAGCUAAAUCACAGGGUCCAAGAGGAUGGCUUCAAUGAUAAGGCGUUGUAUGAGCGCUACCUGCCACAACGACGGUCUCCACGAUGGCUCGCGCUUGGUGAUCUUCUCGAGCACUCGUAUUUUUCACGCAUGUGGAUGGUACAAGAAACGUCGGCCCAGAGUGACGUCCAUGUCAUGUACGGCGGAUCCCUGCUGCUGUGGAAAACCCUGAGCACUAUCUACGCCAUCACCCUGACGGCCCACCAGUUGAGCACGUUGGUCGAAGACUCUGCCGAGGUAGGGAUGAAGCGCAACGGCAUCCUCAACGGCCACCAAAUGUUCGCCAUUGACGGAGUUCGGGAGCUCGUCUUGUCUGGGUCCGGUCUGAGCUUGCAGGAUGCCUUGAUGAGAUGCUGGACGUUGCAGGCGACCGACCCGCGAGAUAAGGUGUUUGCGCUCUGGGACAUUGUGACUGACCCUGUCGAUCCGCUGAUUGUGCCAAACUACACCAAGUCCGUGACCCAGGUCUACACGGACACCGCCUGCUAUCUUGCCAAGCAGGGCUUGUCAGUCCUGCAGAUCCUGCCAUGCGCAGGUAUUGGGUGGCCGAGACUGGUGCAUCCGCUUCCUUCCUGGGCGCCAGACUGGAGCUUUGCCAGCCGUUCCGUGUUGGCCGAGCGCAUAUACGACAAGGCCCCUUACUCGACCGCUGGUGCACUUGAACCGUCGGGUGUCGAUCUUGUCGGCGACAAUGCGCUCGGGCUCGACGCCAUCCUGGUUCCCGGCGAGGUGACAGAUCUGGGGCCAGAGUUCGUCCGCCCUGUCGACCUAGCCUGGCCGAACCUCCGCAGCAGCCCGUCAGCCUCAGAGCUACCAGAAGUCACGUCUGAAUGGCUGAGAGGGUCCCGCGAGGCGAUUGUCGGCUGGAUGCGGGGACAAGAUCAGAGGUACGGGCACACUGGACAGCUGUGCGAUGAAGUCUUCUGGCGCACGAUGAUGGUGGACGCCGGCUCAAAGGAGAUGGGUCGCGGUGUCAAGGCAUUUGCACGGCCCGCGGCGCCGCGUUUCGGGACCCAUUACCGCUACAGCAUGCAGGAGCUGUGCGGGCUUGAGGUCGGCACUGCAGAGGACCGCGCCGUCGACGAGCAGGAGCUGCGGGGCCUGAGCGAGGACGACAAGCUCCUGCUCACGUCCCUCUGGGUCACGACUGUGCAGAUGCAUUGUCUCUCACGGAGGAUGGCUUUCACGUCACAUGGAUAUGUAUGCCUGGUGCCGCCGGGAACGGUGCCGGGAGACCGGGUUGCCAUUGUGCCUGGUCUGAGUGUGCCCGUGGUUGUGCGACCCGUGCCCGGAUCAGGGCUGGAUAGGCGGUCGGUGGACGAGUUCCAGCUGGUGGGCGAGUGCUAUGUCCAUGGCAUCAUGGAUGGUGAGAUGGCCGACCCGGAGAGGUUG